ACCUGUGAAGCCAAGGCAGGCUACGCUGAAAAGAUAUGUAACCAGCUGAGCGAGCAAGCAACAAUCUUGUCACGGCACAGCGGUGAAUGAGUAACGUUUGCUGUCUGGAUGUGCGGGUUAUUUUAUAUAACGGGAUAAUAUUUUUUUAAUUCGCAGUGUCUCUAGACGCCGAGUGCACAGUCGGUGUAUUGUUAGCUAACACAUUAGCCAGCAGCUAGGCUGGCUUGCGGCUUUGUCUGCCUGUAUGCGUGGCGAAUGUUAUUGUCAGGUUAGCUCGACUGUGCAAGCAAGUCAGGAUUUGGUGGCUAUAUCGACGCUGAGCUAGCUAGAUUGCUAGCUUGGCAAGUUAGUUUAGAAGGAGUUGGUGUGUAGGUGAUGUUGUCCGUACUUUCGUACGGUAGACUAGUUGCCAGAGCUGUUAUUGGCGGACUUUCUCAAACAGACAGCCGCGAUUACAGCCUGGUAACAGCAAGCUGUGGUUUUGGAAAGGAUUUUCGCAAGGGCAUCUUGAAGAAAGGGAUGUGUUACGGAGACGACGCCUGCUUCAUUGCUCGACAUAGAUCUGCUGAUGUAUUAGGUGUGGCGGAUGGAGUGGGAGGCUGGCGGGACUAUGGCGUGGACCCGUCUCAGUUUUCAGGGACCCUGAUGAAGACGUGUGAACGGCUGAUCAAGGAGGGCCGCUUUGUCCCCAGCAACCCUGUGGGCGUCCUCACCACCAGCUACUAUGAGCUGCUUCAGAACAAAGUGCCUCUGCUAGGCAGCAGCACAGCAUGCAUCGUGGUUCUGGACCGACAGAGCCACCGGCUCCACACGGCCAACCUGGGAGACUCUGGCUUCCUGGUGGUGCGGGGGGGAGAGGUGGUCCACCGGUCAGACGAACAGCAGCACUACUUCAACACCCCCUUCCAGCUGUCUAUCGCUCCCCCGGAGGCAGAAGGAGCUGUUCUCAGUGACAGUCCUGACGCCGCCGAUAGUUCCUCUUUCGACGUGCAGCUGGGUGACAUCAUCCUGACCGCCACGGACGGCCUGUUUGACAACAUGCCUGACUACAUGAUCUUACAGGAGCUGAAAAAACUCAAGAACACAAAUUAUGAGAGCAUCCAGCAGACAGCCAGGAGCAUUGCAAAACAGGCCCACGUCCUGGCAUACGACCCCAACUACAUGUCGCCUUUUGCACAGUUUGCCUGUGACAAUGGACUGAACGUACGAGGAGGAAAGCCAGAUGACAUCACCGUAUUGCUGUCUAUUGUGGCGGAGUACACGGACUAGUAACUGGACAGAUUGAGAAAAGGAGGGCCUUCUCCCUCCAACCAUCUGCCUCUCCAUGUCGGACUACUCUUGAUUCCUGCUGGCCAGGAUCAAAGCGAUGCUGGCGGCUGGACCCCCACUUCCCCUGUCUCUCCUCAGCCACAAUGCACCUUCUGUCCUCAAUAGGCUGAAUCAGUCACUCCACCCUCCUGACGAUGGCCUUAUGCACCACCCACACAAUCUGAAGUUCUGUGUGUUAAGAUCUCGAGGGGAUAAAACAAGAGGGCUAAAUUCUGGAGAGAGAAAGAAACCGACACUGGUAUUGCAGUGUCCACAUCCUGGAAGUGUUCCAGCCAUCAUGAUCUAUAUCCAUUCACUGGGAUGAUGAAGGGCAGUCUGGGAGUUGAAGCACCCACACAGCCUUUAUUUACUGGCCGGGGCUCUGAGUGCAUUUAAGGGGUUGGUAGCCAUGAUGCUACAGAGUAAAGUAUGAGGGAGACAGAGAGGUAAUGUUACCAAGGGAACCACGCUGGUUUGAGCCAGGAAGUGGUUGCAGAACCACGAGCCUGGGGUGACAGGACUGUAGUGUGUGUAUGAGUACGUGCAGAUGGGGCCAUGGCAGCAUUACUAGCGGUGACUUAGUCAUACAAGCUUGAAUUAGGAAACAUUUGCGAGCAAAAGGGCACGAAACGUUUUGUAUUUGAGCGUAAUAAGGCAGAUGUUCAUUGUGGUAUGAUUGGAUGUUGUAAAGUUGUUGUUUGAAAGAGGGAGUCUGUAUGUGACAGAAUUAUUUAGCGUACUCGAUGGGUUGUACACAAAGAGGGACUAGCUGUUGCAUUUUUUUGCCAUAUCAGUACAAUUCGAGUCUUGCACAGACCAAGUUAACCUGUUUCUACGGCUUGGAAUUGGGGGGGGGGGGGGGACUUCUGGGGAACAUGUUAAAUAACAUAUUGUCUGUGUCAAACAUAAGUCCUCCCUUUAAUUGAACUGCUGUGAUGCAAAGUCUUGGUUGUGAUUUUUCUGGUGGUGUUCAGCGUGAAAGAGGAGUAUGUUAAGUCACAGGUGCACGUGGUGAGUGAAUUGGUUUAUGUUGGCUACACGUGAUUCUCAAUAUGUAUUGGGAUGCAUUGAUGGCAGCCAUUUACGCACAAUAUUGGAGAACGCAUAUCUGAGAAUGCUCUCACCCAGUAGACAUGGGUCAUGUGUCCACGUGUUUUUAUUGUCUUUUGAGUGGUGGGAUGGGCAUUGACCACGGUCUCAGAGUAGAGUUAGAAACCUUUGUUCACAAUCAGCAUUUCCUUGUCUUUUGUCAUCAGUUUUCCUGCUGUAUAAUUCCAGUGGCACACCUGAGAAAUCAUUUUAAUCAGGUCACUUGUUCUCAUUCAGUGUUAAACAGCAGGUUUUGAUAUUUUAUGGGCAAAAGAAAUAUUUUUUUGGUUAUCUAUUGCUGCAGAUUUGCACAGUGCAUUUCUUUUUAAUUUAUGUGCAGCAACUGCUACAGUUUAAGGAAGGUAUGUUUCCUUUCAAGCAUGUACUAUGUAUGUGUUCAAGUUGUAGAGCGGAUGUGCCUUGUAUCAGGUGUUGAUACUGGCAAAAUUGUACAAUUACAAUUCUCCAAACCCCCCUUUGUCUGCCCACUACUGGACACAGAGCCUGAGCUAGACAAGUACCCAUACGAUUAUCAUUUCGUUUACCCAUCUUACCCUGUUGUCUUAAGAUUAACUCAAUCCUCACCAGUCGAUGGAAGACCCAUCUUUCCCAUGUGAUCCUAUGCCUUUCCACCAUAAAUUGAGAUUCAUCUUGCGAUCUGUUUAAACGUGUAAACCACUUUGCAUUAUUAUUAUUAUUAUUUAUCUUUCACACUGAUAUGGUGCUUCCUUGCUGCAGGCUACUGCCCAGCUUCAAGGGCUCCAGAUCCCACACCUGAUACAUGAUUGGUUGGGCAGUACAGACUGGGGGGGGAGCCCUCAGGUGAACCAUGUCUUUAAAAAGAAACCAAAAGCACAUGUUUACUGUAUUUUUUGAGAUGGGGAAAUCGAGAGGUUUCCGCACUGGACAGUCAAAAUGUGCUCUGAAGCUUUAUGGCACUGAAGAGGUUAACACAAACCUCACCAGCCUUAACAAUAACGUAACAAUACAAGCCAUUUCCCUCUCAAAUGGUACUUCUUGUCAGAGCUAGCUUCCCUGUUCCCCUCAGCAGACCCAACCCAACCGUGCCCUUGCUAUCCUCCUCAACUUCACCCUCCAGUUCAAAAAGCAAAGUUUGUUACAAUGAGAGUUGCAUGUAUCUGUAUAUUUUGUGUGUACAGUUCAACAAUGCAGACUGAGUUCUGUAAAUAUGUUUUUGAAGCUGUAAAAUAUUUAAAUAAAGAUUAUAGUAUUUAUUA